UGGAUUUGAAGCCAUGGAUCCCCAUCUUUGAUCUUAUUCCUCCCAUUUCGCCGUUGUUCACUCGUUUGAUUUCUUGAUUCUCACCCUCUAUCUUUUGAAUCCAAUUAUUCCAACUAUAUACACUCGCUAUAAAUCUUUGUGGCAUCAGAUCCGCAAAGCCAUUCUUCACCAUGAAGUUCUCCUUGGUGGCACUGGCAACCCUGGCUGGGGUUGCUGUUGCCGAUUUGGAUCCCAUCGUCAUCAAGGGCUCCAAAUUCUUCUAUUCCAGCAAUGACACUCAGUUCUUUAUGCGUGGAGUCGCCUAUCAACAGGAAAGCACGAGUAGCAGUGGCUACACUGACCCUCUCGCCGACGCCACUGCUUGUGCGCGUGAUGUUCCCAUUAUGGCGAAGCUGCGCACCAACGUUAUCCGUACCUAUGCCAUCAACGCCACAGCUGACCACUCGGCGUGUAUGAAACUCUUGUCGGACGCUGGUAUUUACGUGAUCUCCGAUCUGUCCAACCCCAAUCUAUCGAUCGAUCGCAGCGAUCCUUCGUGGGAAACCGAUCUCUUUGCCCGAUACACCAGUGUUGUUGAUGAACUGGCCCAGUACAACAACACUAUUGGUUUCUUCGCUGGAAAUGAGGUUUCCAACACCGUCGCUACUUCCGACGCCAGCGCUUUCGUCAAGGCUGCUGUUCGUGACACCAAGAAGUACAUCAAGAAGAAGGGCUACCGCUCGAUGGGUGUUGGAUAUGCUACCGCCGAUGUGUCCGACAUUCGUGCGAACAUGGCCGACUACUUCAACUGCGGAGACACCGACGACACUAUUGACUUCUGGGGAUACAAUAUCUACUCGUGGUGCGGUAACUCGACCUACGCGGAGUCUAAAUACCAGGCUCGCACCGAAGAGUUCGCAAACUACUCCGUCCCUGUCUUCUUCGCUGAGUACGGUUGCAACGAGGUCUCGCCCCGCGAGUUCACCGAGGUGAAGGCCCUGUAUGGUGAUACUAUGGCCGAGGUCUGGUCCGGUGGUAUUGUGUACAUGUACUUCCAGGAGGCUAACAACUACGGUCUGGUUUCCGUCGUGGAUAGCACCAGUGUCAGCACCAUGUCCGACUUCAAAUACUAUUCCAGCGAGAUCGCCAACGCCAACCCCACUGGUGUCAAGAAGGCCUCCUACACUCCCACCAACACCGCCCUGCGAAGCUGCCCUACCGUCGGAUCGAAGUGGGCCGCCGAACCCUCCCCUCUGCCCCCUAUCGCUGACGUCCAGCUGUGCGACUGCAUGUACGAUGCCUCCGCCUGCGUUGUCGCCGGAUCCCUCGCCUCGACGAAGUACGCGAAGUUGUUCAGCACCGUCUGCGGCUACACUGACUGCAGCGGACUGACAGCAAAUGCUACCACCGGCGAGUACGGUGCUUACAGUAUGUGCACAACCAAGCAGCAGCUUGCCUUUGCUCUGAACAAGUACUACGUGGAGCAGAACCGUGCUGCCGAUGCUUGUAGCUUUGCCGGAUCUGCAACCGUCAAGUCCGUGACCACGGCCACUGGCAUUUGCUCUACACAGAUGAAGGAGGCUGGAACUGCUGGAACCGGAACUAUCACUACUGAGAACACUGGCACCGCUGGCUCUGACUCUGGCUCUGCUUCCUCAACGGCGUCGGCCACCAAGUCUAGCAGCGGCGCUACCAGCAUGCACUCCAGCUCAUCCUUCGGCUCUUUCCACGUGGCUGUCUACAUUGCCACCGCACUCCUGGCGGGUGUUGGAAUGAUCGCUCUGUAAUUGAGUUGAUCUUGGUUCGUGUAUAUUCUUCGCAUUUGGAUCGUGUGUCUAUUUUCCCUUCUUAUUGCAACAUUUUGAACAUAGGCCUCAGAGCAAGACAUGGUCGACAUAGCGAGUAGAUAGCACUGCUCGCAUCUUUGCUUGAUUGAUUGUUAUUGCCCGUGAAAGAUGUCGAUAUUUUAUUGAAUCAUCCAAAUUGUCAAGAUUGAACUUGAUUUGUAUACCAUUUGCGCACGAUCUUUCUUUUUUGCAAUUCCCAUUAUUUUUUAUUAAUAUAUUCGCA